CCCACCCCGGAAGUGGGGGCGGAGCGAGUGAGGCGUCGGCGCUCAGUGGGCGGAAGUGGCUGUUGGAGGCUUUAAGGUAGCUUUAAAUUCCUGCUGUCUUGGCAGCUCACCCCUUUCAGCUGGAGACGGGCUCCUCGCGACUGAUGGCUGUGGACGUGAAGUCGCGAGCGAAGCGUUAUGAAAAACUGGACUUCCUCGGGGAGGGACAGUUUGCCACGGUUUACAAGGCCAGAGACAAGAACACCAACCAAAUUGUCGCCAUUAAGAAAAUCAAACUUGGACAUAGAUCAGAAGCUAAAGAUGGUAUAAAUAGAACAGCCUUAAGAGAGAUAAAAUUAUUACAGGAGCUAAGUCAUCCAAAUAUAAUUGGUCUCCUUGAUGCUUUUGGACAUAAAUCUAACAUUAGCCUUGUCUUUGAUUUUAUGGAAACUGAUCUAGAGGUUAUAAUAAAGGAUAACAGUCUUGUGCUAACACCUUCUCAUAUCAAAGCCUAUAUGUUGAUGACUCUUCAAGGAUUAGAAUAUUUACAUCAACAUUGGAUUCUGCAUAGGGACCUAAAACCAAACAACUUGUUGCUAGAUGAAAACGGAGUUCUAAAACUGGCCGAUUUUGGCCUGGCCAAAUCAUUUGGGAGCCCCAGUAGAGCUUAUACACAUCAGGUUGUAACCAGGUGGUAUCGGGCCCCUGAGCUGCUGUUCGGAGCUCGAAUGUACGGUGUAGGUGUGGACAUGUGGGCCGUGGGCUGUAUAUUAGCAGAGUUGCUUCUGAGGGUUCCUUUUUUGCCAGGAGAUUCAGACCUUGAUCAACUAACAAGAAUAUUUGAAACUUUGGGCACACCAACUGAAGAGCAGUGGCCUGACAUGUGUAGUCUUCCAGAUUUCGUGACAUUUAAGAGUUUUCCUGGAAUUCCAUUACAACAUAUCUUCAUUGCAGCAGGAGAUGACUUGCUAGAUCUUAUACAAGGCUUAUUCUUAUUUAAUCCCUGUACUCGAAUCACGGCCACACAGGCGUUGAAAACUAAGUAUUUCAGUAAUCGGCCAGGGCCAACACCUGGAUGUCAGCUGCCAAGACCAAACUGUCCAGCAGAGGCUCUAAAGGAGCAGUCCAAUCCAGCCAUGGCAACAAAACGGAAGAGAACAGAGGCCUUGGAACAAGGAGGAUUACCCAAGAAGCUAAUUUUUUAGCUACAGAGAAAACUGGACAAUAUUCUACUACUGAAGGAAACAGUGGAAAAGGCACAAUAGUAAACAUAAAGUAAAUGCUUUAAAAGAUAUUUGUAAAUAUUCUACACAUGUAAAAUAUGUAAAACUGGAUUAUUUUUAUUAAAUGUAUUUUAAAACAAAUUUAAUUCUGAUCUUCUGAUUAAGAGUGCAGUAGUAAUAAAAUAAGUUUAAUUCUCUGACAUGCAGAAUUGAAAAUGCAUUAAGGAAUCCUUAAUAAAAAUAAUUAUCAAUUACUU